CAUUUCUGGGACGGUGUGGGGAGCUAAAGCAGCCUUUACACUGACUCUGGGAAAGAACAGAAGACACAAGAAACAAACUAAAAACUUCUUCUUGGUCGCUCUGUAAAUUAGUACACACUAAAGUGGAGCAACGCUUGAGCAGGGCAACUUUUGAGAAUUCACGUUACUUGUGAUUUUGUUUUGUGUGAAGACGUGUUGCGGGCCGCCAUUUUUGUUACAGCCUUCGAAGUCUGCUGGGAGUCCAAAUAAGAGACAAAAUUCUGCUGUACUUUGGUGUAAUACACGAACCAGGACUCUUUGUUGGACGCAGCUGCCCAAUGUCGCCUAGAAUCGUCACGCAGAGCGAUUUACUAAAAUAAUACGGCAAUAUUUCCCUCAUCUUUAGCUGAGGGUGACUGAAUACGGCUAGCUGGCUAACGCUUUAUAUUAUCUCAUAAGCUACUUUCACGGAAGAGAGAGCGGAAAAGGAAACUUUAAUUGUAAAUACGCGUUUUGGGGGUUCGUUGCUAACUUAUUUUUGUUGUUUUAACCGGUUCUAAGCCUGCCGCGAUUCUCGUGUUGCUGGAAAAUUUAGCGAUGCAUCAAAGUUGGUUGACGCCAAUCGCAGCCUGUCUGGUCAAACGUCAGGUUGCGGUUCAGUAGCACUGUUGAUUUAUCUACUUGCCUUGGACUUGACAGGAGUUAUAAAAACGUGUACUAGCCUUCAUACAAAUCGACAUUUUUUAUUUAUUUAUUGCUAAUUCGUUUUCCUUUACGAAAUCGUAAACAUGUCGUCUGCACGGUUCGACUCCUCUGACCGAGCCUGCUGGUAUUUCGGGCAGGUGUCGAGACAGGAGGCGCAGAAUAGAUUACAGGGACAGAGACACGGGAUGUUUUUGGUGCGAGAUUCGUCCACCUGUCCCGGUGACUACGUACUGUCCGUAUCCGAAAACUCAAAAGUUUCUCACUAUAUCAUCAAUUCUUUGCCAAACAAGAGAUUCAAGAUAGGCGACCAAGAGUUUGAUAAUCUACCUGCCCUUUUGGAGUUCUAUAAAAUACAUUAUCUGGAUACGACCACCUUGAUAGAGCCUGCACCAAGGUACCCCAGUACCCCUCUAACCACCGGUCCCAUUCAGCCGGCUGGGGGACUUGGAGAUGAGAACCAGGAGUAUGUGCGGACUCUUUAUGACUUCACUGGUAGCGAUGCUGAAGAUCUUCCUUUCAAGAAGGGUGAAGUCCUGAUUAUUCUGGACAAGCCUGAGGAGCAAUGGUGGAGUGCCAAGAACAAGGAUGGCAGAAUAGGCAUGAUUCCUGUUCCCUAUGUAGAUAAGCUGAUGAGGCCUUCACCUCACCUUAGUCAGCCUGGUCAUGGUUCCCGCAAUUCAAAUAGCUAUGGCAUCCCAGAGCCUGCACACGCCUAUGCCCAGCCUCAGACUCCAUCUCCCCUUCCCCCUGUUACACCCGGCGCUGUCAUCAACCCACUGCCUUCCAUGCAGAAUGGGCCUGUCAUGGCAAAGGCUAUCCAAAAACGAGUGCCCUGUGCAUAUGACAAGACUGCCUUAGCACUAGAGGUGGGUGACAUUGUGAAAGUGACUAGGAUGAACAUCAGCGGUCAGUGGGAAGGGGAAGUAAACGGCCGGAGAGGUUCAUUUCCCUUCACACAUGUGAAAAUAUUAGACCCCCAAAACCCAGAUGAGAACGAAUGACCUGGGACUUGCUCUGUUACCAACCUGAACACUUCUAGGCUGCCCCAUCAAGUAAUACCACCGGUAUUACGCUUGCCUGCCUAGGGGCUCAGCCAUGCCGCAUUUCUGAAGCAAACCAUUUGCGCAGCUUUUGACUGUUUAAUGCUCUGAAAUCAAACGGUUCUUAACACCCUCACCUGGUUACAGGCAAAUCAUUAAAAAAAAAAUUCACAUCUGCCCUAUAUUUCCUGAUAUUUCCAUGCCAUUGACCAUCUGUACCUGUGCCAAGGUGAGAUGAGGCCUCCAUCAUGACUGGAGCCUUUCUUGCUACUCUCUGCCACUGCCCUCUCAGCUUUCUCUCUUCAGCUUUGACUUUUGCAAGCUAAAUAUGUUUGUGUUAAGAAAGAGAAUUGGAACUGAGGAUUAAAACCUCUGGUUUGAUUGCCAAAUUCUUUGUUUUGUCCAAUAUGCAUUUUUCCCACAUUGAUCAUUUUUUUUUGUUUUGUUACAUUUAAACGUAAUCCAAACGAUACUGAUUUGAAUCAUGGUAACAGCCCUGCUAGUUCUUUGCAGUGGCGAUUUCUUAGAGACAACUGCACCACUUACCAGUUACACUGUCUUUUUCCUCAAGUAGAAUAUGUGGGACUAGUUUACUGUAACCUCUUUUUAUUUGUGCCAUAACUUGAAAUCUGUAAAUUGCAGUAAUAGUGUAGUUAGAUGGUUGUGGCUAGACUAUUGAGGGAUUUAACUUUUAAAUGGUGAAGGGCUUGCCUGUGGAGCAUCUUUGCUUCCAGUUGUGAUACUUUAGUGAUGCGAUUUUGGGUUUAAGGGAGUGUAAGGGAAAUAAAUCCACCUCAUCUAUGCCAAGAUGGAAAUUUCACCUGUGCAAUCAGGAGUUCAUCUCUUGGGGAUUGGAUUCUGUGUCUGACCCUACACUCAUCAUUGCCUUUAGUUCUGGUGUCAGUAAUGUCUGGAUCUCUGCUUAUUUAAUGUUACUGCACAUCACAAGGUCUUUAUUAUAAAUAUAUUAACUUUGAUGGUUUCUGCCCAGUUGAUUAAGUAUCUACACACAACUUUUUGGUUUUGUCCAUCUGUAACCAGUUUCUAUUUUUUUCUUUGACAGCUGUUAAAUUAAGCAUUUACUGUUUGUUGAAUAAACUGGUGUGAAACUUUUCUAAAAAGGGAUAAAAAUACAUGCUGGUGGACUCUGUGCAUGACCUUCUGGCCAAGAGGAUUUUCCCUCUAAGAUUAAAUACUGCAUGUCAUUUCUCUAUUCCUGUUUUUUUUUUUUUCUUCUUCUUUUUUUCUUUAGAAAUUCAAAUAUUUUUUGAUUUUCCUUUCCCAGCACCAAGUUAAGACUAAACAUUCAUGUUAAAGUAAUAAUUCGGGUUCAGUACAAGUUAAGCUCAAUCGACAGCAUUUGUGGCAUAAUAUUGAUUAACCCCAAAAAUAAAAAGCCAUACAUACUCUGUGUUACAGAAAGGCACUUACAACGGAAGUGAAUGGGGCCAAUCUGAAAAUGUUUAUAUACCCACAGUUUUAAAAGUAUAGACACAAAACAUAAAAUAAAUUAGUGUUAACAUGAUUUUAGUGUGAUAACAUCACUUGGUAACCUUUUUUGUAUAAAGUAAUAUCCAAUUUUACAACAACUUUGCCACGAUGAAAUGUCAACAAAACCUAAAACUAAAAAUUAUGAUUUAAACAACUUUACAGCUAAAAUUAUACAUGAGGUUUAGCAGGUUUACUAUUGUAAGUGCUUUUAUAAAAUUAUAAGCUUCAUAUUUCUUAUAAGUCAAAAUAACUUUUUGUGGUAAUCAGCAUUAUGCCACAAAUGCUGUUGAUUGAGCUUAACUUGUAUUGAACUCUGAAUAUUCCUUUAAGCAACAGACCUACCUUUUUCUUUUAGAAUCGCUCAAUUUAAGGUUUAAAAUGCUUAAGAUUUCAUUUAUUUUGUUAAGGCUUUAACAGUAUUAUUGUUAUUUUUUCACAUUACAGAAUAUCCAUGUGGCAUCAUUUGUUAAAAAUGAAAAUGUGUGCCUUUUAUUUUCUUACUCCAUUUACAUGUGUUAAUAUUUCACAUGGUUAACACCCAUGCUGGUAUUACCCAUUAUGUACAGAACAAAUAAAUACAAUUUAUGUCUAAUUCUCUGUGUGCCUAUGACCAACCUCACAUGUAUGCUGACUCUUAAGAGUGGUUUUCGUCAGACUUCAGUGUCCUAAAGUGGGACAAUUCCAAACCUGUGUGUUUCUACAGACAUUUGUUCAACAAAAUGGUGACGUAACAGCCUGUUUAGAGACAACAUCCUGUAUUUGGAUCAGGGGCUUGGUUACUCCAUCUCAAAUUUUUAUUAGCAGCAGUUGUGAUUGUGACGAUGCCCUGGAGAGGAGAUAAUUAAAGAAUUUUAAUGAAGUGUUUAAAAAAAGAAUCCUGUGUUAUGAUGAACUAGAGAAAGUUAUGAAGGUCAAGCUUUGCCUCUUUAUUCAAUAAGUCAGGAUCUCUUCGAGUGUUUGGCUCUGUGGCCUUGAUAAGUGAAUGUUGAUGUAUAUGUUAUACCACUUCAGUUCAAACAAUACGUUUAAUGUGUUUCGGUGUAGGAUAGGUCGUUUACUGCACAGAUUUGGAAACACCAGAGAUGUGUUAUUCCUCUUAACACAGAUCAUUAUUACAAAGUAUUUGCAAGCCUUGAAGGGAAAAUUUGGGAAUCAAGGGUGUGCUUGUGUUUCUUUGUCUGUGGGCAUGGAUAUGUCAUGGCAAUUUGCCAUCACUUAUUGAAAAUACUGUGUAGCAACUAAUGACAAGGGGAUAUUCAGGGGAGGAGUUUAUCUGUUGACUGCCACCUGGAGGUCAGAAAAUACACUUUAAAGAAAUAGUUUAACUUGAACUGAAAAAUGUGUGAUUUAUUUGCUCAUCUUGUGUCGUUCCAAACCUGAAGGAUUUUCCUAUAUUUUCAAAUUUUUGGAAAAUCACAGUUCAAAAUGUAGUAGCUAAAAUGUACAUAGAAUUUAGAACUGUUGAUUGUGCUAAAGGGUUUGAGAAACUGAAUCAAAAAUUGGAACCAGGAAUUUUGUGACCCUCCACAACCAGUGUGUCAUAUUUAUUAAUUUUCCAUCAUGCUCCAAACCAGAGAAAAUUAAAUCAGAAGGACAAGAAAACUGCCUAUGCUUUGCACAUAACUAUAUAAACCAAUUCAUGUAAUUUGAGGUUAGAAAUUUACUUUAAACAGAUGUCUUUUUAAUUGUUUUCAAGUACAUUACAUCUUUGAGUAAAUGUGACUGCAGGAGAAUACAGUCACUCUUCAAAGCCAGUUAAUUAUGACAUUUGAAGGGUGCCUGUGUAUGCAAAUGGUUGUGUUGGUCGUAUGAUUAUUGAAAACAGGUGGAGAUAAGCUCGACAGCAUCAAACCAUCACUCCAGAACUGUGCAUGUGCUUAGGAAACUUGACAGACACUGCAAUGGUGGGGUUAAAAAUAAGGCAAAUUGUACAAUUGUUGCUGGACUUUGAUAUUUAAUUAUAAGGAGCUGGAGAAAUAGAGGAGUUUGUUUUGAUGUUAUAUGUAAAGAUCUGAUUGUUGUACAUAUGUCAAUUAAAGCGGAAAUAAACAAUAAAGAAUUUGGUUUAUGUUAAGAUUAAAUAAUAGCAAUG